UGAGUACGCACGGUUAGUCAGCACCAUGCAGCGCGCCCUUCUGUAAAAGAGUCAUAAAAGAUACUGCAUUUUUGACAACGACAAAACGACGAAAUCAAGAAUAUCUGUCACUUCAUUACAGAUACAAGAGAGAAACAAUGCUUAUUAAAAUAGUUCUCGAAUUAUCAAGUCGUAGAAACUAGAAAGGUUAUAUAAAGCCAGAUCCAAGCACUCAGGAAUCACCAACAUCCCACUCCACAACACCUACCCCAAAGUUACAGAACCCCCCUUCUAUAAAAACCCCCUUAAACACCUCCCUAAAUACCAUACCUAGGUACUGGAAUCCAACACAAUGUCAGAGGCCAUGAAAGCAAUAACGAUCCCCACCUUCGGCGGCCCGGAAGUCCUCUCCUACACAACCGUCCCCAAGUCCACCCCCAUCCUAGGCGAAGCACUAAUCCACGUCCGCGCCUUCGGCGUCAACCACGCCGAGAUGCACAUGCGCAAGGGUGAAUGGGACGAAUGGAACCCCAUUACAGGUCUCGAAUGCGUCGGUAUCGUUGAAACUUGUCCUGGGGGCGAGUUCCCCGUCGGUGCUAAGGUAGCGGGGGUGAUGGGAGGAUUGGGUAGAAGUCGACCAGGGAGUUACGGUGAAUUUGUUACUGUGCCGGUUGAGAAUGUUAUUUUAAUUGAGGAUACAAAAUUGCCUUGGGAGGAGCUUGCUGCGUUGCCUGAGGUGUAUUGUACGGCGUGGUCGUGCUUAUUCACUGUUCUGGAUUUACAGCGGGGAGAGACGCUACUGAUCCGUGGUGCGACGAGUACGAUUGGCCAGGCUGCGCUGAAUUUAGCUGCUGAUGCCAGUGCUUUAGUUACGGCGACUACGCGGCGAGAAGAAAGGCUUGAGUGGCUCCGAGGUAUGGGUGCUACGGACGCUGUUCUUGAACAGUCUGGCCUCGAUCAGCAGCUUCAGACCCGGCGCUUCGAUAAGACGUUGAAUCUUGUGGGAAAUCGUGUUCUACUGGAGUCUAUCCGACUGACCCGUACAGGAGGACGCAUGCUGCAAGCUGGCUGGUUAGGUGGACUGGCGCCGGUGGAGGAUUUUAAUCCUAUGGUGCAGAUGGAAUCUGGUGUUCAUUUCAGUUUGUUCCAUAGUAAAGUCCUCGGUACACCUGAUUUUCCCUUAUCAGCUAUCCCGCUGCAGGAUAUCGUGCGGAAGAUUGAGAAUGGAGUAUGGGAUGCGAAGCCUGCAAAGGUAUUUGAGUACGGGGAUAUUCAUAGUGCACAUAAGAUGUUGGAUUCGCAUGAUGCUGGUGGUAAAAUUGUUGUUAAGCAUUGAUGGGAAUGAGUUACCCGUAGCGAAGCUCAUAACAAUAACUCACUUGUAGAUACCUAGGUAUAUGUACUCGAAAAAAUAAACCAAGAAUCCUUACCGUAUAUUCUCGAAGUCCUUAAUCCGCCGGUAUAUACACAAAUGUGUCAUACGUUG